AGAAUUUCAGAGAAUUUUGGUGCAAAAGUCUUGCAUCGUUUGCGCCGUUUUUGCAUACGCCAUUUUCCUGCGGACAUGUGUGUCUACGUGCAGGAAGAGAGAGAGGGCGUUAGUCUAGCAAUGGUUCCAGCCAUACAGUCGCACUGACACCGACAACACAACAGUGUCCAACGAUGAAAUAUUUUCCUACCUGUCCUGCAUUGUUGUAACAUUUACCUGACGUUGCUUUUCAAAGAGAAUUUGAUGAAGUAAUUCUUUCUGGAAACUAUGCCUCGAGUUAAAAAAAAAUCAGUCGAAUAUGGAAAUCGCAAAAGAAGGAAACUAGCAGCUACAAAGCGCAGCACCCUCUACUGUUCAUCGCCGGUGGACGAGCGACAGUUUGUGCAGAUGCAGUCGAUGGAGAAUCACUUUCAGUUAACAGUAACGCCUACACCGUCACCGCCGCCACCACCACCAGUACCACCACCACCUCCACUACAGCCAUCACAACUUCAACCACCACGACCAACACCACAGCCAACACCACCACCACGACCACCACCACCAACAACUACAACAACAAUAAAAGCCCGUUAUUCACCCGUGUUGUUGCCCAAGUCUUGUCCAGUUGAGGUUCAAACGGAAGAGAAAUGUUUAGACCCCUUAAAAAUGGAAGAUUCAAAGACAGAAUUGAAAUAUUCUACCUUCCCAGAAGCUCUCAAAGACGAGUCACUGAGCGAUGUACAGAGAUCUGAGUUACGUCGUAAAUAUUUCUCAGAUUUACUCUCCAGGUGUGUUAUUACUGCUGAUAAAGCUGCUGCUGCUGUGAUGGCUGUCAGGUGUGAUUCUGUGGCUAAAAAACCCACAGCCGUUCGCAAACCAAGAGUACCAAGGAAACCAAAAGUUGAGAAAGUAAACAAACAGAAAGUUUAUGCAGCAGUUUCAAAAGUGCCGCAUUCUGAGACUGCGGUUUCAAAGGCGCCACCAACACCGAACCAAACUGCAACCAGCAAAGUGACAACGGCUAACUCUAAAGCUAUUGGCAGUACCCCUCCGGCUAGCAAUACCCAGAAAGCAUAUGCUCUUUAUGUUGGGGGCCAGUUGAAGUACAUUCUUCCAUACAAUGGUCUUUUAGCAGCCACCAAUCCCAAUCAACCCGAAGGUGAGAUGAAAAAGUUGAUUUGUCGAGGAGUGAAUGGCAAAACAGAAAUAGCUCUGGCAAAACCGACAAUUGUGUGUGAUAACGAAAAGAAGAAGAUUGUGUUUGUUGUGCAGAAAAAGUCCCCUGACUCACCGAACCAAAUUGUCACUACGAAAACAACAACAACUGAAACUAAAGCCACCACAAAAUCUUCGAAUCUUCUUACGUACAAUUCUUUUCUAAACCAUGGCAUCUCGGACAACAUGUUGAAACUGUUGCUGCCAAGUUUUGUUCCUUCUGAAGUCUCCACAACAGCAACUACGACCACGACUACAACAAAGUCAACCACCACACCAAUACUUCCAGCUACCACUGUUGGUUCCAAUGUAACAUCAGCCAAAAGCCAGUCUGAUAUGAAUAGUUCCCAAACUGGACCAGCUUCAACAGACAGACCAAAGGAUGUUCCUGUAACCACCUGUGUUAAUUCUACAGGGAAUAAUCAGAACGUGCGCACUUCUGGUACUGCACUCACCACAACUACGACAUCUACUAAAACACUGACCACUGCCGUAGUAACAUCAACAACAACACCAGCAGCAGCAACACCACCAACAUCAACAGCAGCAACACCGCCAGCACCGGCAGCAGUAGCAAUAACACCAGCAGCAGCAGCAACAGUAGAUGAAACAGCAGCAGAUUCUGGGUCAGUCCACCCUGUGAAACUGUUUUCACGAGAUUCUGCCAGAAAACUUUGUCCUCCGACUUCUUCCUCUCUAUCAUCGGCGCCUGUUCCAACUAUUUUGGAUGCCAGUGAAGUACAGAAUAGUUCUGGCAAAUCUCUGUUGAGAUUUUCUUCUGUCUUGAAUGAAAACAAACACAAAACACAGUCCCAUAGCAAACAAACAAACGAAACGGCAGCAGCAGCAGCAGAGAGGACGAACCUAGCACCAACAGAGAGUCAUCCUGAUAACAUUGUUCACCAGGACAAAACUGAGAAUAGUGGGAAAGCCAUCGGUAAUAGUGACACAAAUUUUGUUAAAAAUCUCUCACAGCAAUCUGAAUCUGUAAUGGAAGAAUGCCAUUCCGAUGGUAAAGAAGUAUCGCAAGAAAAUGCUGAUGACGCUGAUGACGAUGGCAUGUUUGGAUUGAAGAUCUCUUCUGUUUUCUCUUUGGCUGAAGAACAGCUGCGAUCCAGUGAGGAUGAUGUUACAGCUUCACAACUUGGAGAAAAUUCUGAAUUUGUUAAAUCUUCUUCAGAUUCCGGUUUCUUCCAUGUAGAACAACCUCAAAUAGAUGGCUUUGCUGAAAAUGACAACCUCCCAAAUGAAUCUAAAUUCCAAAGAGUUUUAAUCAAUUCUCCGCAGUCAACGAGUUCCUUGCUAAGUCCACGGACCGUUGUCGUCAGCAUGAACAACGAGGCGUUCACCUCUCCUGUGCAGCUGACAAAUGCAAACGAGGAGGUCAGUGUGGACAUCAGCAUAGAUUCGGCCAGUCACACGAAACACCCGAGCACUGACCAUGAGAAAACUCUAACAACAAAAUCACCACCAAAUGUCGAACAAGAUUUGGAUAACAACUUCAACAUGACCGAUUCUCAGCUGAACAAUUCACAGAAAGAAAAUGCUUCACCAAAGAAUUCUAGCAGUUCUGAUAAAAGUGAACAGGAUCCGAAGUACAUUUCUGUUGACAUACGACGGCGUAAUGGUCAGACAAAGGUAACAGCUGUCACUAAUCCUAAUCUGAAGAAAGAGUCUGCUAAAUCGAUUGCCAGCACCUUGGAAAGUGUGUCUUCAGUGACUUCUUUAGGUUCUGUCAUACCUCAAGGAAAUAGUUCCACUCGUCUUGCAGAUGAGCUGCAGUGUGCUGCCCAUUCGCUACCUAUGGGUAAAUAUGUUUUCAUUCCAUUGUCUGAUAAAACAGUGGCCAUUCCUUCACAAGGUGGCAAAGCCAGCAGAUCUGCCUAUAUUUUUGAAAAGAGUUUCAACCAGAAUUCUAUGCAAGUUAAAAUGCCAAAAUCUUUUAUUGUAAAUACUAAGGAUGGUCCACCUCCAACAGUCGUAUCAAAUACUAAUAAUGGAUCCCAAAUAGUUUUCCAAACUAACAAUGCUUCUAAGUCUUUGAAUGAUGUUAUUACUACUCCAUCUGCAGAUCCACUUCCAAGCUCUACAAAAGAAACGGUACCAACUCUGGAAGCCCCACCUAUAAUUACUGGUAAAAGAAUACGUAGACCAAAAAAACAUACUGGUUUUGAAGAAGAUAUUGAUUUCAUUCCUCCAGUUAGGAAAUAUCGGAAGAAAUCCAAAUCUGUUCUGAAAGAGAAAAAAAGCGGAAUGGUUGCCAGUGAUAAUCCGAAGAAGAUGAAAAGUCAUGUUCCAACUCCCGAGAAUAACAAUUGUCUGUAUUAUAUGAAGGAAGGGAGUAAUAAAAUCCAACUUUUUGAUUCUAAAUCGGAAUUAGCUACCGUAUUACGAGCGACCGGUACAGCUCUUGAAAUUUCCAAAGUCGAUCCAGUAAAUGGCCAUCGCUUGUUACCAUCUUGCUCAACACCUGUUGUACCAAAUGUAACUAUGGUAACACCGAAAGUGGCAUCUUCUGUUGGAACUGUAGUUGAUCAAUCAUAUCAGAGUUGUAAUUCUUCAGGUCUGCGAAUUGAUAAUGUUCUUUCUCUGCAACCUAAUACGGUUCAUAUCAAAUCUGAACCCAUAACUUCUGGUUAUGGCGAUGAACCAGUGAAACAUCCUCCUCCUGUAUCCAUCCUUCCAUUAAACCCUCUCAUCACUUUACCUCCUACUAGUGUACCAGAUUCCUUAAAUCUUGUUCAGAAUAUCAAAAAGGAACCGGUAAAAUAUGGUUACGAAGGGGACAUCAAUCCUGAUUCAUCUGUCUCGUUAUUAGCUCCCAUCAACCAACAGACUUCCCUGUCAUCAAUCAAAGAAGAGAAAUUUGGGCUUUGCCCAGAGAAUGUUGCUUUUAAAAACUUAGCCUCCACACGAAAAGACGUUGGUCAUUUAAGUGAUUCUUCUAAAUUAUACAAGUUUACCUUGUCAGGGUCUGGUAAAAAAUUGAACUGUAAAAAGAAAACAGUUGGUAAAAAGGCAGCUGUCAAGAUAACAGGUUUUCCUUUAGAAACUCAAACAUCAUCCUCAUCGUCUAUGACUGACGACCUUUCAUACAGCACUCCAUCUCCUUCCAACCUUUCUCCUCUGCUCCCUGCCUCCCCCUCCACCUCCUCAUCUUCUUGUUAUUCUUCACAUGUCAGCUCUUCAAAACACAACAGUCUAGAACUUCCAAGUGCCUCCACGUCAUCGGUGACUCUCUCUGGGGAGACACCCCAGGAGGAACGGAUUCGCCGCUUGAGGGAGAUUCUGCGGGAGAAAGAACACAGCCUUGAGUUGAUUCGACAGAAUCUUGCUGUAUCAUCUUCUCUUUAAUUACAGGCAACAGCACCGUCGUUGUUACCGUUACUACUACUACUACUAUUACUACUGCUACAGCUACUAUUACUACAAUCAUACACCAUUCCUGCUUCAGAACAAUCUUUCGUCUCUCAUCACAUCCAUCAUGUGUCAACAUUCAUCAUUCAAUUGUUACUGUAUAUAUAAAACCUCAUUGGUUCCAUACCAUUUUCUCAUUGUUCUCAACAAUAGCCUGACAUUCAGUUUCUGUGAUUCUAUCUUGAAGCUUCUAUUUGAGACAGAAACACACACACACACACACACACACACACACACACAAAUCCAAGCAAACAAACAGAACUGUGUUUCCUGCUCAAAUAAUUUGCAAUAAUGGUAUGUGUAUGGUUUGAAGUGAUAGCAAGAAAGGGACAUUUUGCUCAUAUGUAGUGACUUAUUGUGUGUGUGUGUGUGUGUAUCAUGUUUCCCUGGGUAUAAUGCAUCCUCAUUAAGAUUCCUUAAAAAGGAAAAGAAACCCAACCAACUAAGCAAUCAGCCUGUGUGUUAAUGGAUCAAUGUCAUUCUAAAUUUAUGUCUGGGUCCUCUAAAGUCAAUAUUAACUGACCAUUUAUAAAUAUUGACCAUAUAUAAAUAUUUUGUUUCACUGUCUUUUCAUACCAGGUCUUGCAUUAUACACUGAAAUGCGUGUUUAUGUGUGCGUGCGUGUGUGUGUAAAUACACGCACACACACACAUACUGGAUUCCAGUUAAUUGGCAAACCCAGAGACAAUAACCCCUUGGCCUAAUCCACUCCAGCUGUGGCCAACACCCAAGGGUUUAGAACAAUCAAGUAACAUUUUUAUAGCUGCUUUCCUCCUCCAAAGCAGAGUUGGCUUUGCUGGGUCCUGGGUCCUAUACCAAUCUGAUUGUGUUCUUGUCAUGGUUCCCUUUUUGAUGCUGUUUUAUGGCCAGAAGCCCCUCUUUGUCAUUGACCCUUUUAUUCACUUCUUUUAGCAAGCAGGAAUAUAUGGUGUAACUUGUCAAAAAUCCGAGUAAAGCCAAUUACUCUGGUUGUAAAUUGCUGAAGCCUGGCCACUGCCUGCACCAUUUGGGGGCAGUUCUCCCUGAUUUUCUCUGGGUGGGGGUCUAUUGAUAGCAUCUAUCAGAAAUAAGAGACAACAGAGCAACUAUUUUCCACUCUGACAAGAAUAGAUAUUCACAACCCAAAUCCAAACAUGGAACCGAUUCUUGCUGCAAUGUUAUACAUUCUAUGAUAUUCUACUUACUGCUGCCUCUGGGCCAUGAAUGCCUGAAAUCUUCAAAGAUUUUAGUAAUUCUCUUCAACUGGUAUAAAUAACAACAUAAUUAACUAAUGACCCAAUUAACCAGAAUCUCCAAUGUGUGUGUGUGUGUGCAAACAAAAAUUCUCAUAAUUACAAUGUUUUGCAUAUGUCUGCAGUAUUUUCUGUGGUUUUUUUUGUUCAUAUAUAUUUAUAUACAUGUAUAUAUCUAUAAAUACAGACAUACAUGUGUGUGUGUGUGUGUGUGUGUGUGUGUGUAUUUGUUUGUUUUACAUCUGUAUUUCCAUGCUAGCAUGGGUUAGGUGAAUCUGUUAUCAAGGUAAUGUUUUACAAGCAUGCUUUCCCUGUCACUAACCCUUGCCACCUGCUUUUCAAGUCGGGAAUCAGAAGAGCCCUUCUUGACAGGAGAAAGAAUGGCAACUGUGUCACCACUUUGACUUUGUUAGUAACUUUGGGAGGAUAUGUAAACACCCACACACGUGUGGCUGUGCUCAUAUGUAUGUGUGUGUGUGUAUAUAUAUAUAUAUAUAGUCAUACAUGAUAGUCUUCUCUCAGCUUCACUCUAUCAAAUGCAUCUUCUGUCAUUUCAUUGCUAUAAAAGAUAUGCCCAGGGUGCCAUGCAGUGGGACUGAACCAAAAACCAUGUGGUUGUGAAGUGAACUCCUUAACCACACAGCCAUGCUUGCACCUUUUAAAUAUA